GAGUAACCAAUAAGAAUUCAUGCGGUUGUUCAACUAUUCAAUUCCCCGAUAUCCAACAUACCUCGUCUACACCCUUUUUAUGUAGUAUUUUCUUUCACUAAUCCAGUAUAUAUUAUGUUCUGUGAUCAGUGAGAUGGCCUGGAAAUGGUUUAGUUAGGAAUGAUGCAUCAUAAUUUGUCAAUACUUCAGUUUCUUUUGAGUAGAUUGUACCAAUUUCAUCUGACUACUGCCAUUAACAUUAAAAAACUACAAGUUUAUUUCAUUAUAAAAAUGCUAUGAAAUCUCUUAAUAGGAGUUAUGUUUAAGCAGACUGGGCCAUCUGUGGUUGGUUUCCAGCCAAAUUCAAAACUGGUCAAAGAACAGAAUUUAGGAAACUAGUUUAAGUACAGUAGCUAAAUUGUUAAAAGCCAACCCACCAAACCAAAUCUCACAAGUCAUAUUUGAAGUGUGUUAAAAAGACAUGCCUUAAAUAUGUUUAAAAUGUAGUUCUGACAUAGUUUAGCUUUGUUCAUAAAGACUGGACAAACCAUAAUGGGCCUUUUUACAUUAGGGAAUCUUAGAAAACUGUUUAACAUAAUAUGCACAGUUUCAAGAGCUUUUGUAACAAUGGACGCCUCUUACUCCCAGGGGAAUUAUGUACCAAAAUUUUUAAAUUCUGUACACAUUUUAAAAUUUUACAAUUUUUUUGUGUCAAAAUAACACUGCAUAAUCACUCCAGUUUCAAUUAUUUAGAGUUUUAUUUCAAAAUAUCUGUCAGUAAGUAAGUCUGUAACAAUACAGAUACUCACAGAAAUUCCCUUAGAGAUAGAAAGUUAAAGAAACAAUCCUGCCCCUAACCCCACUACUUUUCUGCCUCCUUCCUCAAGCCCAGACACUCAUACUCCCUCAACCUACCUCCCCCCUGGCCCACACUCACACACAUUCGUUCCCAUGUUCAGCCCUCACCUCACCUCCCAUGGCCCAGAGACACUCCCUUGUCCCCAGAGCUCAACUGCUGGGACCCCCCCUUGCCAAUAUGCUCUCACUCCUCCCUUCCCCAGCUGCUGCCCUCCCAAAUGAGUUACUAACACCCCCAGAGCUCAGGUGCUCCUUCCCUCAGUUCACACACCCAUGUCCCAUAUUUCCCAGGGAUCCAGAGGGAGCAGCUGAGUCUUAUGUCUCCAUGGAAUUUCCUGUGCACUACUCCUUCCUUCAGGGUGUGCUGGGAACUGCACCUGUUGGGAAGUCCUCCAAGAUCCUCCCCCUAGUCUUGUCUUCUAUUUGGGAGCUGGGCUCUCCUGGAUACUGUGGCCCCUAAUGGUGUUCAAUAGCUUUGCAGACCAUUUCUGUGGGGGAAAGUAGGAAAUUAUGUGCACCUAACAUUUCUAUGCUGCACAGUGGCACAGAAUUCCUGCAGAAAUAACUGAGUGUUAAUGGAAUUUUGUUGUUACAAGUCUCCAGGAAGAGUAGGACCAUUAAGUCUAUCUGUUCUGUUGUGUGGUUGUAUUACCCAGGUUAGAUGUCUGUUCUAACAGUUUUGUAUCUGUCACAGGGUGGGCACUUACUCCCAUAUCACCUCCUGCUGGUCAAUUUGGGAAUUGGUUCUUCAACCCUGGAGCGACACCUUUCGGCUAGUGUUCCACCUGCUGGUACCAUCUAGGUCAGAAUAAUUUACAGGACCUACAAGAAAAAAAUACAUUAUUCAAAUAUGGAAGAGGAUACCAAACCUUUCCUGAUCCCAGUUGGAGGUGAUGAGGGUGAUUAUGGAAUCAUGAACAUUCAGUUUAAUCCAGCAGACCUAAAAUGCAAGAGACCAUUCCACAUAGAGCCUUCAAAUAUUGUUAGCGUGAAUGAUGACACACACAGAAUUACAGAUGAAGCCUCGGCAAUGAAUAAACGGAUUCAUUACUAUAGCAAGCUCAUGGCUCCUUCAGAUCGGGCACUGGUUGCUCCAGAUCAUGUACUUCCAGCUCCAGAAGAAAUCUAUGUCUAUAGUCCAUUAGGAACUGCUUUCAAAAUUGAUGGUUGCACUGAUGGUUAUGGUAAAAAUUCCAGCAUAGUUACAAUAUUUAUGAUCUGGAAUACAAUGAUGGGCACAUCUAUACUAAGUAUGCCAUGGGGAAUAAAACAGGCAGGAUUCACCACUGGAAUCUUUUUGAUCUUGCUAAUGGGCAGCUUGACACUUUAUUGCUGUUACAGAGUUGUGAAAUCACGAACAAUGAUACCUUUAGAGGAUACCUCAAACUGGGAAUUCCCAGAUGUUUGCAAGUACUAUUUUGGAUCCUUUGGUCAAUGGUCCAGUCUUUUAUUUUCAAUGGUGUCUCUAGUGGGAGCCAUGGUUAUUUACUGGGUGCUUAUGUCCAACUUCCUGUUCAAUACAGGAAAAUUUAUAUACAAUUACGUUCAUGACAUUAAUGUAACAGAUCUUGUUCCUGGUACUAAUGGGAGUAAUAGAGUUAUCUGUCCAGGUACUCCCAAUGAGGAUCAACAGGGCAACAAAAGUGGGAUGUGGACAAAAGCAAACCAUACUGGCUUUGAGCUAUUUGAGGAGUGGUGGAGCAAAUCACAAACUGUACCAUUUUAUCUGAUUGUUGUUCUUCUGCCCCUUUUAAAUUUUAAGUCUCCCUCUUUCUUUGCCAAGUUUAACAUCCUAGGUACCAUUUCAGUUGUCUACUUAGUUUUUCUUGUUACUCUGAAGGCUUCACAUCUGGGAUUCCAUUUAGAAUUCAACUGGUUAACCGCGAAUGAAUUUUUUGUACCAGAGUUUAGAAUUCAGUUUCCUCAGCUCACAGGGGUCCUGACACUUGCUUUCUUCAUUCAUAACUGUGUUAUCACUCUCCUUAAGAACAACAAGAACCAGGAAAACAAUGUGAGAGACCUUUCCAUUGCUUAUUUCCUGGUGGGAUUAACCUAUCUCUAUGUUGGAUUGUUCAUUUUUGCUGCAUUUCCUUCUCCACCGUUGUCCAAAGAGUGCAUUGAACAGAAUUUUUUAGAUAAUUUUCCUAGCAAUGACAUCCUGACAUUUGUUGCAAGAUUGUUCCUGCUGUUCCAGAUGAUAACGGUAUACCCUCUGCUGGGCUAUUUGGCACGAGUUCAGCUAUUAGGACAUGUCUUUGGCAAUGUUUACCCCAGUAUAUUCCACGUGUUGGUUCUGAACAUAGCAGUUGUAGGACUUGGAGUGACAAUUGCCAUAUUUUAUCCAAAUAUAGGAGGUAUUAUAAGAUAUUCUGGAGCAACUUGUGGUCUGGCCUUUGUAUUUGUGUACCCAUCCCUCAUCUAUAUGAUCUCUCUGCAUCAUUCAGGGCAGCUGACAUGGUCAACGCUCAUCUUUCACAUCUUUAUAAUCAUUGUAGGACUGGCUAAUCUGAUUGCACAAUUCUUGCUGUGAAAUCUCCCAGCUCUCAUGUUGGUUUUCACAAGUUGUAUUGUGAGGUUAGAGAACAGUCUUUGGCAGAUUCACUAUAAAUGAUGAGAACUUCCUGGGUGUGUCACUCACUCACUUCCUGAGAAAAUCUGCACCUUUUGAAGGCAAAGGACAAUUGUGUUUUAGUAACAUGUUUUCAAGGGUUUGUAGGGAAGCACAUAUUUGGAAAUGCUACAUCAUAGUAGAUAAAAUGGGCCAAAUUUGUAAAUGGUAUAACUCCACUGACUGCCUUGAAUGUACAUCAUUGAUUUUGGCCCACAUUUUUUUUUAUUUUGGAGCGAGAUUUUCACAUGGAUAUAACUGCCAACCUUCAUUUUUAGAAGUAGUUAUUUUUCAGUUUUGUGCUACAGCAUUCUUUUCUUCUAAAACAGUGAUUCCUGCCCUUAUUAGCAAACAAGCCUACAUAAUAGGCCACGGAGACAGUUGCACUAAAUUUCUUGUAUAGUUUCGGACUCUUACUGAUGAAUGAGUUGUAUUUGUAAAGCUAAUGUCUAGCCAUUCAGAUGACCACAUACUGUUAAUAUAAUUUUGGGUAACAUUUUAAAUUACAUACACAAGAAACCUCAGGUAUAGAAACAGCAUAAGAAAUCACUACCUAUGCCCUGGAUGCAGCAUGCACGCUAUCUGUCCUUCAAGAAUAGGUCAAAUAAUGAGGGGUGUCCAAAGUUACAGCACAAGUUGAUGGUUCAACUAGAAUUAGGACCGGGAUCCUCCUUGCUCCAAGGUGCUAUUACCAUUAGAAUAGAUAUUUGUGUAUUUUCAUGAGCAGGUGUACUUGACACAUGUACAUUCGAUACAAAUGUGCAGAGCACUCCUGUAUAUCCAGUGGAGUUUUUAUGCCCCUGCAAGAUUUCAGAUUGAAAAUUCCUCAUUGUGGGAUAACUGUUUUUUCAAAUAUCCAUUCUAUACAUGUUAUACAACAGUAUAGUCAGAUGUACAAUGCAGACAAACAGACAAAAAUAACAAAUUCACAUUUGUGAACAUUCAAAAAAUCCUGUUUCUAUAUAGCUGCUUAAUAUUUGCUAUUAAAAUGUGCUGUAAUUGAAUAUACAAAAUAUAUGUGCUAUAUUCUGUGAGUUAUGGUGCAGUUUUAGAAUCACUAGUGCAAAAUUUCUAAUGUAUCAUCCUUAAUCCAUGCACAACUGUAUCUGCAGAUGUUCAGUCAGAUGAUUAACUGGUCAUGUGUACUUGGAAUUAUUGUGACUGAAUGCAGCGUUUCAUGUGUGUGACUCUCUGAAAAUCUAAGUCUGUCAAUGUGUAGUGAGUAAUAGCAAGGCACUGCCUUAUAGAAAUGCCCUCGGGACUUUGAAAAAUCUCAGUCUUCUUGGUUUAUCUAUAUGCAUUUCCAAUUAUGUGCAUAUUUUUAUAAAGUCAAUUUCUGCUCCUGUUGAAGACAACAGGAGUUGUGCCACUGACUUUGUUGGAGAAUUUAUCCCAUUUUGGUAGGAUAAGAGUCUCUCUGAAAAGCUGUUGCUCCAUAACCAGUAUCUGUUAAACACCCACAUGAUGCAGGCAUAAUGCUGGUCUCUGAGAGAUGUUUUCUCCGAGAAGUUAAUGUUCCAUCAAAUGGAAUCUCAAUCUUGCAUCUGAUGUGAGUACGCAGAAAUAUGAAUGCACUUAUUCAGAGAGGGAAUUGUUGGUGUGAUGUUUCUAGAUGCGGUAAUUGUAGCACUCAGAAGCCUGGUGAUAGAAUUAAAUAAAUGGCAGCUUUCAUUCUCUCUUGCCAAAAUGGAAAAUGAAUUUAGAAAUGCUUUUGGCUAGAAGCAGCAGGGUGUAUAAGAUUGGUGAGGAAAUUGAAGCCUAAGUUGGUAGAAGAGAACUUGGAAGCUGUCUGUGGGUCAAGUUAGUGCCCUUUGUGGAGCUAGCCCCAAAAUGUAUAGCCAGUCAGUGUUGUGACAACAGUUUUAUUGUGCACGCUUAUUGUGAGGGAGGGGUAUGCGCUAAGCCCAACAUCACCCUGCACAUAUAAUUCUUGCCAAAAGGGCUCAUACAUAAACCCACAUCUUACCUAAAACACUUUAUUUAUGUGUGUGCCUCCAAUUGCAGGGUGGCAGUGUAGGGCUAAAAUUCUCUUAGAGACAGAUGCCAUUUUGAGAGCCCAACAACAACAGGGACUCCAUUUUGGCCACCCUUCUUUUCCCGCCCUUUCUGUGUUUUGGUGGGAAACCCAGCAGACAUGUGAUCUUAGUCUGCCUGGUAACAGCAGGUUACUUAAGGGCUGCCUCUGGCUUUGCCCAGGGCUGUCCAUCUGAGUGGCAGAGUGCAGGAGUCAUUCAGAUGGGUAUGCCAGGGUCCACGCAUAUUAGAUAUUGGGGUUGUAGGAGGUACGCUCACAUGCGAGGAGUGAUAUCCAUUGUCACUCUUCUCUGGCUAGGACACACUUGCACCCAUGGCAGCGUGG